CUACUGGGCUUGUUGGAUGGCUUGAAAGGAAUAACAACAGAAUCAGUCGCAUCACAGUGUGUUCUUAAAUCAUAUUCAAAUGAAAACAUACAGCUUAUAAACAGAACAGAUAUAAAGCAAAUAGCUCAAUUUACUGCAUAUUUCACAAGUAAUAUUGGUCAACAGCAGUCAUGCAACUUUGCAGCAUUUCUACCAAUGGAAGAAAGAACGCCAUUACAAAAGGCAGAAUGGAUAAAGUACUUGGCUGCUUUCACAAAUUCAGAAGCGCGAGCUAACUUGGUGUAUGAUGCAAUCAAAGGGAACUACAACUGCUUAAGUAAAGCAGCUGCAAAUCUGACAACUCGCUUCAAACCUGUUGUUGCUUGGAUGGAUUACAACGAG